GCUGAAAAGGAAGUAACUUUUAUAUUAUGCACACAUGGGAUAUUAUGCAUAUUGCUUCACAUCUAAAACAAUAAAAAGAAAAGGAAGAGAGAAAAAACAAAACAAAUGACUUUCAGUGCUAAAAUGAAAAUGAAGAUGAAAAUCUAAUUGUUUAAGAUAGGGAAAUUAUUGGGCAACCAGAAAUAGAUGAAAAAAACCGUUGGCCGGAGUCAUGUACAUACUCUUGGGAACAGCGCCGCCGCCGACUUUCCUUCUGUCCGCGCCGAACUCCAGACCGUUAAUUUUGCCGUUCACAAACACUAGACCUCUCCACCUCAGAAAUUCCGUUUCUAGGAUAUCCCUUUCAUUUUCUUUUCGAAAAGGAAGCAACGUGCCACCGGAAACCGGCUGCCCUGUUCCGCCGGAACAGCUGCCGAUUAACGAAUAUCAGACUCUCUCCACCUCUUUCCCCUUCUCAUGGGCCGCUGGAGACAUCGUUGAGUACUGUUCUCGAUUGGUCGCCACCGGCGCUUCCUUCGCUCUCUUCAUCGGGCUUCCGGUUGCUUGGUUCGGCACCGUGGGAGUCGAAUCGGAUCCGUUGAAACGAUUUCUUUGCGCUGUUUCGAGUGGGAUUUUGUUCGUCACGAUUGCUGUUGUUAGGAUGUAUCUCGGUUGGGCUUACGUCGGUAACCGUCUCCUCAGUGCGACUGUCGAAUACGAAGAGACCGGAUGGUACGACGGACAGAUUUGGGUAAAAACCGCCCAAGUUUUAGCCCGCGAUCGCCUCCUCGGUUCCUACACUGUGAAGCCGGUGCUCAAUAGGCUGAAGUACACCCUGGUUAGCCUUGCGGCAUCUCUGUUUGUGUCCAUUGUUGUGCUCAUCAACAUUGAUGGAGGAGAAUUGCUAGGGCCUUUCUUCACCGGAAAAUCUGCAGCGAAUGAGGACGGCGGUAGAGUAGUUCCCGGUAUUUAUAGCGAUGAAUCCGCUAGAUCUUUCGAACCUGAUGCGUUCUGUGGACCUGGGGAACUUGAUCUUCUUCAUUGAUCUUCAUUCUAAUUCCCCAAUUGUUUGAUUAAUGUUUUCUUAAUAUAUCUUUUAAACCAUAGUUUCAUACGCAAUUACACAUUGGUUAUUGUAGAUAAUUGAUGAUUAUUGUAGUGAUUGGAGAUAAUUGAUGGGUAUUGUAGUGAUUUUCGAA